AUGCAAUUCGAAUUAGUAGAGAAAGCUAAGGAAACCACACUAGCCGAGCUUAAGGCUAAGAAUGUAGAACUUAAGGCUGAGAAAGCCGAGCUUGAGGCCACGCAUGGAGAAUACGUAAAGCUUAAGGCUGAGAAUACCAAACGAAUUAUAGUGAAAUAUGCUAAAAAUAAGGCCGAUAUAGUAAAAUUAAAAACUGGUUUGCAGUAUCCAAUCCUCUUUGAGCGUAUUAAGGCUACAAUUCUUGAGCUAAAAGCAAGGAAUGCAAUAUUAAGACCAAUUAUAGAGGGAUUUGCAAAGAAAUCAGAAUAUAGCCAGCCUUUGAAAAGAAAAAUCGCAAAUUCCAAGUUAAAUGUAUUCAAAUAG